CCGGUAACACUGUUAUAUAACUAAAGACAUUAAUCAUAUAAUAAAUUAAAACAAGAUCAUUCUUAUCAAAGUUGCUGUGAUUACAGUAGAAUAUAUUUAAUAUUGUGCGAAGACAGUGAUUGAAAAAUGGGAAAGGGAAAAGAAAUUCGUGUAUCGCAAUGGUAUUUUGGAGGUCUAGCUUCUGCUGGAGCUGCUUGUAUAACUCACCCUCUGGACUUAUUGAAAGUUCAAAUGCAGACUCAAAAAGGAAAAAACAUUUCGAUGCUUCAGCUUACUGGAAUAGUUUUAAAAAAUCAAGGUGUCAUGGGGCUUUACAAUGGUAUCUCAGCAUCUCUGUUACGUCAACUCACAUAUUCCACAGCCAGAUUUGGAAUUUAUGAAGUAGCAAAACAACAACUUACACCCAAAGAUGGCACUGCAAUACCAUUCUAUAUGUCAGCAUUUUUAGCUGGCUUAGGAGGUUUUGCUGGAGGCUUUGUUGGUAACCCAGCAGACUUAGUCAAUGUGCGCAUGCAAAAUGAUGUUAAACUUCCACCAGAGCAAAGAAGGAACUAUAAGAAUGCAAUUCAUGGGAUAUAUCGUGUAGCAGCACAGGAAGGUAUCCUGCGUUUGUGGGCUGGGGCUUCAAUGACAUGCAGCAGAGCAGCCUUAAUGACUAUUGGCCAAUUGUCAUUUUAUGACCAAAUUAAGACAAUAUUGCUAGCAUCGCCUUAUUUCGGUGAUAAUGUGGCAACACAUGUGAUGUCAAGUUUGCUAGCUGGAGCCAUUGCAACUACACUUACCCAACCAGUAGAUGUCUUAAAGACAAGAGCAAUGAAUGCAAAACCAGGUGAGGUUAAAAGCAUUUUUAAACUGAUUCAGAACACUGCCACUGAGGGACCUCUAGCAUUUUUCAAAGGCUACAUUCCAGCGUUUGUAAGACUCGCCCCGCACACUAUCCUAACAUUUGUUUUCUUAGAACAGCUAAGAAUGAACUUUGGCUAUAUUAAGAACAUAGAUGUUUAAUUAAAAGUUUUCUUUUAUACUAACAAAACUUUAAAUAACUAUACUAAAUGGCCUUGUUAUAUCAUAUUCUUAAUUUUGAAUUGUUAAGGGUAUAACCGCAACAAAGUUUUUAUUGUUAUAUUGUGGUGAUUAAGUUUUUUAUACAAUGAUAGUAUACAAUUUUCUGAUAAAGAGAUAAUAUAUCUUUUAGGAAAAUAAAAUUAGAAUUGAGUGUUCAAACACCUAAUGGGUGAUGCUUUAUAGAUUUCACUUUUGGCUGAAUUUUAUAUUUGUAGCUGCAUUUAGAUUGUCUAUAUCUUAGGUAAAUUCUAAGAGAUCUGUGUUGCACUAUAUUCGAUAAUAUUAAUAUAUUAUCACAUUUUUAUUUUUUACAUGCUAAAUAUUAUUUUUUUAUUUUGUUACUUUUUUAUAUAAUAUAAAAGUUACCAUAAAUAUAGAAGUUUCAACGAAAGUAAUGUAUGUAUCAUAUUUAUUUGGCUGUAAGUCAAUAGUGUCUCAAAGAGAACAGAUAAAAGCAGAAUAUGAAGUUUGUUAUAUUUGAUAUUGUUUUCACUUUAUUAGUACAUAUUUUUAUUAUAAACAUCUAGUGUAUUAAUUUUUAUACUUUUAUUGAAUUUUGAAAUUAAUUUUACAAGAAA